AUGAUGGAACUGAUGCAGAAAUAUGUCAAGGAUGAUGGAGCAGUUGGAAUCGAUAAUCUCAAACGCUGGGCGACUUCCUCGGCUGCUGUUGAAUUCCUCUCUGCAACGACGUCAGCUGGCUCUUUUGAGGAACUAAAACGGCAGCGCCUCUUGACUGAAAUCCGUUGGUCAACUGGCGACCUGAUCGGCCUCGCUUGGUUCGCACUGAUCUCGGCGCGCACAUUCUACUCGUACACAUCAUCAUCGGAGGCGGUUGAAAAGGGCACGAAUGUCACCACCUUUUCGUCAAAGGACAGACUGUGA